GGCUAGUCUCCAUUCGCAUUGACAUUCAAGGGUCAUGAUCAGCAGCGAGUCCAGCGACGAGGAGCUGACGACGCUGCACCAAGCGGCCGUGGCUAUCGUUAAGCCUGUGCGCAAGGUCAAGAAGGCCAAGAAGCCCGCAUCUGAAGCUUCAGCCGACGCCACCACCGAUGUUACGGGCAAGAAACGCCCCUCGGACGACUCCACCGACCCGGAAGAGGCUCAGAGGAUCAAGCGUGAGGCUCGUAAGAAGCGCAAAGCCGAGGAGAAGGCGGCCCGAGAGGCAGCCAAGAAGCAGCAGCAGCAGGAGCAACUGGACAAUGAGCGAGCAGCCAAAGGACGUGGCUACACUUUGAGUAUGGCCAUUCCCGGUUCCAUCCUGGACAAUGCUCAGACCAAGGAGCUCAAAACCUAUUUAGCUGGCCAAGUAGCCCGUGCUGCUGUGAUCUUCCAAGUGGACGAGAUCGUAGUAUUCGACGAUCAAUUGGGCAAUAACGUUAGCACUGGCGCUCCCAAGAAGCGUGCGCACGACUGCCACGUCUUCAUGGCGCGAAUCCUGCAGUACCUUGAGACUCCACAGUAUUUGCGACGUGCACUGUUCCCCAUGCACUCGGAUCUGAGCUGUGCCGGUCUACUGAACCCGUUGGAUUGCCCACACCACUUGCGUGCACAGGAAUGGAGCGUGUACCGUGAAGGUGUGGUGACGGACAGACCGCUGAAGGAAAAGGAAGGCUCGCAUGUGUAUGUCGGUCUCCAGCGUGAAGUUGUGGUGGACAAGCGCAUCCAGCCUGGUAUUCGUGUCACUGUGAAGAUUGACGAAGCAUCCAAGGACUUUAAGAAGAAGAUGGUAGGUAAGCUAGUGUCUUCGGCCGAACCUCGUGAGCAGCUUGGCGUGUACUGGGGCUACACGACGCGGUUUGCGUCUUCAUUGAGCAACGUUUGGACGGACUGUCCGUUCCCUGGAGGCUACGACCUCAAGGUGGGCACAUCAGAGCGUGGCAAUGUGUCGGUGGAUGACGCCGAUUUCUCACUGCCAAAGUUCCGUCACGCACUCAUCGUGUUCGGUGGAGUUGCCGGUAUUGAGGAGUGCGUUGACGCUGAUGAGAAGGUUCCUGUGAGUGGUGAGGACUCGAACACGCUCUUCGAUAUGUGGGUCAACACUUGUCCUGAACAAGGCAGUCGUACUAUUCGUUCUGAGGAAGCUCUGCUGAUCUCACUCGCAGCUCUCCGACCUCACGUCAAGCGUAGUGGACGAUCGCAAUAGAUGGCAAUGUGAUGGAUUAGCACGAAUAAAUACAAGCCACAUAGCAACUCCAGCUCCCACUAAUUCGAGCCCGACGCUGGUCGCUUGGUGGACGGACACUUCUUGUAGCAGUGGAACUUGCGCGUACAGCGUGUCGUUCGGUUCUUGCCGCAGCAGCACAACUCCUUGCACACAGGGCAGCCGCCCUCAAAGAUGUGCUCUCCGUGCUCUUCUACCAUCUUCUCGGCGCAUUUGGCACAGAAAAUGUGGGGACAUACCGGACACCGCACGUUCUUCUUGCGCAGAUUGCCACAUCGAUGACAUGACGCUCGAUGACGCAUCAACAUGUCGACGUAGUUGCCAUUACUGUCCACCCGAGGUUGCUGGAAACUGGUAGCCAUAGGCGCACCUAACUGUCCCGAAGCAGCGAUAGAACUGAGUCCCUCUAAGCCAAGAUCGUGCGACCCUGCCUCUAUGUAUCUCUCACUGCCCGCCAUUCCAGGCAAAUAUCCGUAGUCUGAACUACCAUACCCUGGCAAAUUCUGAUUGGGUGAGUGCUGCUGGAAGCUUGGAUCACUGUUAGAGUACGGCUGGUUCUGCGUUGAUAUCACUAAAUGAUCCUGUUGGUGGUGGUGGUGUGUAGGAUCAAAGUUUGACCACAUUGUCCCCAUCGGCGCAUUGGUGCUGUCGAAGCCAGUGCUUGUUGCUACCCAUGGAGACCCACUCAUCGAGUCCGGUACUGACGCAGCGGAGUAGAUGUAAGUCGCCUCAUUAGGCGAAAUUGGGGGCAGUUUGCUGUCAUUUCCUAGCCCUGAAGUCGGUUGCAAGUCAUCAAGACUGUGAGUCGGUAGACACGUGGCUGCAAGUGCUUGUUCCA